UCGAGGAUCUUUUUUCUUAAAGAUCUAAUAACCACACAUAUUAAAGUGUGCAUUAUGGGUACCGUGGCUUUAAAUCGUCAAAGAGACAAAACAGAAGAGUCUGAAGAGAUGCAACGGUGUCCAUACUUACAUGAGAUGAAAGAGCGUUUGCUCUCGCAGCCGACACCAACUGAUAGCCUGGACAUGGAACGACUUGACGGUGGUACUCCUGUUAAGGAGGUUAAUCUACACAACGAUUAUCCGGCGCAUACAAAUCCAGGUGUGAUACCUGAACCUCCAGAAAUGCCACCUGAUUCUUUGAUUGGUACCGUUGUCAAGCUCAAUUCCGAUGGCUAUGGCUCACACACGUCGCCAGCGCACGCAAGGCAACCUCUAGUUCCACAGAAUUCGAAUAAUCCACCCCUCUGCCUCACUCCUACGUAUUCCGGUCCAGCUAAUGGCAUGCUACCAAAGAAUGCGAAGUAA